CUUGAUCAAUGGCAGAAACUAACCCAGACCCAGUUUAGAAACCCCCUUGUCUUGGGGCCCUUCCCCAUACAUGUCAAGUUUCCUCUGCUUUCAACGCCUCAUCCUUCCUUCAGCAUCAAUUGCCACCAUCAUCAUCAAAGUUUGCUUUAAAGAAUCUCUACCUGCUGUCUGUCAACUAUCUCAAACUGUCUCAAAUUAACAGCAAGCCAGCCUAGCAGAGGUUACUCAUUAACCCUUUUUUUCCUAGAAAGUGGCCCUCCUUGCCUCUUGCCUCCUCCCAAUUCCGGCAGCUGUUCUUCUGAGAUCUGCUGUAGACCUCACCCACCUUGUCUCGGAGGAAGACCCUCAGUCUCCUGCUAAGCUUUCCUUUGGAUAUUCAAAGAAGCCACAAACACAAUGGUCCAUGGCCAAGGUGGCGUCAGAUUCCAGAACUGGGCUAAGACUUAUGGCUCCUCCCCGGAGAUGUAUUUUCAGCCAACAACGGUGGAUGAGAUCAAGGAGAUCUUGGAUCUGGCCAGGCAGAAGAGUAAGAAGGUGAAAGUGGUGGGAGGUGGACAUUCCCCCUCGGACAUUGCCUGCACGGAUGACUACAUGAUCGAGAUGGGAAGGAUGAACAAGGUUCUCAAGGUGGACAAAGAGAAGAAGCAAGUGACAGCUGAGGCUGGCAUCCUUCUCUCUGAUUUGAACACCGAGUUGAGCAAACACGGCUUGGCUUUGCCCAUUCUAGGAGCCGUUUCGGAUGUGACAGCCGCCGGCGUCGUUGGCACCGGAACCCACAACACAGGGCUCAGGCACGGCAUUUUGGCGACGCAGGUGGUCGGCUUGACGCUGUUGACGGCUUCUGGGGAAACGCUGGAGUGCUCUGAAUCUGUGAACACUGAGCUGUACCGUGCUGCCUGCGUCCACCUGGGCUGCUUGGGCAUCAUCCUGACCAUCACCUUCCAGUGCGUGCCAGAGUUCUACCUGCAAGAGACGACUUUCCCAUCAACGCUCAAAGAGGUCCUGGACAACCUAGACAGCCACCUGAAGAAAUCUGAGUAUUUCCGUUUCCUUUGGUUCCCUCACACUGAGAACGUGAGCGUCAUCUAUCAAGACCACACCAACAAGCCUCCCACUUCCUCUGCCAGCUGGUUUUGGGACUACGUGAUCGGAUACUACCUGCUGGAGUUCCUCCUUUGGGUCAGCACAUUCCUGCCCUGCCUGGUUCCCUGGAUCAACCGCUUCUUCUUCUGGCUCCUCUUCACCGGCAAAGUGGAGAACAUCAACUUGAGCUACAAGAUAUUCAACUACGAGUGCCGCUUCAAGCAGCAUGUGCAGGAUUGGGCCAUCCCCAUUGAGAAAACGAAGGAGGCUCUGCUGGAGCUGAAGGGGGUUCUGGAAAGCAACCCCAAAGUGGUGGCCCACUACCCAGUGGAAGUGCGCUUCACUCGGGGAGACGACAUCUUGCUGAGCCCCUGCUUCCGAAGGGACAGUUGCUACAUGAACAUCAUCAUGUACAGGCCCUAUGGGAAAGAUGUCCCGCGCCUUGACUACUGGCUCGCCUACGAGAGCAUCAUGAAGAAGGUUGGAGGGAGACCUCACUGGGCAAAGGCCCACACAUGCACUCGGAAGGACUUUGAGAAGAUGUACCCUGGCUUCCAGGAGUUCUGCUCCAUCCGGGAGAAGCUGGACCCCAGAGGAAUGUUCCUGAAUGCCUACCUGGAGAAGGUCUUCUACUGAGAGGCGACAUGGAGAAGUUGGUGGCGGCGGAGGAACCUCUCAUGUGGGCAGUGGUUCUCAAAGUGGGUUGCAGCAGCACCCUCUUGCGGGUGGUGGGAUUACCUGGGGGGGCACUAAGAGGCAAUGGGGCAGAUGGGGGGCACUGGAGGUGACUAUCUGGAAAGCUGGCAUCGCUGGAUCAAGUCCAUUUCAUUGUAUUCAUUAUUUUCAAUUGGAUUUUGAAUAAAUGCACAGCUGUUACUGUUUGGAAUUUUA